AUGUUAUUAAUUUUAUAUAGUAUAUUUAUUUUCUUUGUAUCUAUUAUCAAUGGAGCUGUAAUACCUGCUACAUUAGAAAAUUUUGAUCAACUCACAAAAAGUCAUUCAGUAUUAAUAGUAAAUUUUUAUGCAGACUGGUGUAGAUUUUCUCAAUUAUUAAAACCAAUUUUUGAAGAUGCAAGUGAAAAAAUUGGAGAAGAUGUUAAAAAAAAUAUAGCCUUUGUUAGUGUAAAUUGCGAAGAACAACCUGACUUAGCACAGAAAUAUAAUAUAAAUAAAUAUCCAACAUUGAAAAUAAUUAAAUUUGGUGAAGUAGCUAAACGAGAAUAUCGUGGUCAACGUACAGCUGAAGCAAUUUCGGAAUUUGUUACAAAAGUCCUUAAAACAGCAAUCGUUCAUUUACGAAAUGAAGAUGAUUUAAAGAAUAAAAUAAGUGAUAAAAAAAAUGCCGUUAUUGCUUAUGCUACAUCACCUUCUAAACCAUUUGAAACAGCUAUAAAAACAGCAGGAUCAUUUAUAGAUGAUUGUAAUGUAUAUAUUGCUUUUGGUGAAUGGAUUAAAAAUAUAACUAAACAAGAUCCUAAAUUUACCUUUUUUGACCAUAAAACUGGACAAAAAACUGAUUAUGAGGGAGAUCACACUGAUAUUGAAAAUAUAAAAAAAUGGAUAACAGAUGUAUGUAUACCAUUAGUUCGUGAAAUUACCUUUGAAAAUGCUGAGGAAUUAACAGAAGAAGGUCUUCCAUUUCUUAUUCUAUUUAGAAAACCAGGGGAUACUGAAGCUGAAAAACAUUUUAUUGAUGCAGUUAAAAGAGAAUUAACUGAUCAAAAACCAUAUAUCAAUGCUUUAUUAGCCGAUGGUAAAAUAUUUGCUCAUCCCCUUCAUCAUCUCGGUAAAAAUGAAAAUGAUUUACCAUUAGUUGUAAUUGACUCAUUCCGUCACAUGUACGUUUUUAAUGAAUUCGAUGACAUUCAUAAAAAACAAGGAAAAUUACGUCAAUUUGUCUUAGAUCUCCAUUCAGGUAAACUUCAUAGAGAAUUCCAUUACGGUCCAGAAACAGAAGCACCAAAAACAUAUGAAGAUGUCACUCCAACAUCACCACCAGAAAGCGUUUUCAAUAAGUUAAAACCAUCAGAACAAAGAUAUACGGUACUAAAUAAAGAAGAAUUAUAA